CCCCAGUUCUAAAGGAGGCCACGUUCCCUUUAAAUGCAAAUCACCUCCCGCCAGCUGGGCUACAGCAGGCCGGGGUUCCCGAGGGGAGCGCGGAGGGCGGGAGGGAGGAACCUGCAAGCGGGCAGCGGGCAGCUUCGCUCCGGACCCCGAGCCUCCAGGACCUGAGGUCCCGUAAGCACCCAAUGGAGGACAAGAAGAAGAAGCGGAGUCCCAAGCCCUGCCUGACCCAACCAGCCCAGGCCCCUGGCCCAUUACGCAGGGUCCCUGUGCCCACCAGCCACAGUGGCUCUUUGGCCCUGGGACUCCCUCACCUGCCAUCUCCCAAGCAGCGGGCCAAAUUCAAGAGGGUAGGCAAGGAGAAAUGCCGCCCCGUGCUGGCCGGAGCUGGGGGCGGCUCGGCAGGCACCCCCCUGCAACACUCUUUCCUGACCGAAGUGACAGAUGUCUAUGAGAUGGAGGGGGGGCUGCUGAACCUGCUCAAUGACUUCCACUCCGGCCGCCUGCAAGCCUUUGGGAAGGAAUGCUCCUUUGAGCAGCUGGAGCAUGUGCGGGAGAUGCAGGAGAAGCUGGCCCGACUGCACUUCAGCCUGGAUGUGUGUGGGGAGGAGGACGACGAGGAAGAGGAGGAGGAGGACAGAGCCACCCAGGGGCUUCCUGAGGAGCAGAAGAAGACUAUGGCUGAUCGCAACCUGGACCAGCUGCUCAGCAAUCUGGAAGAUCUUAGCAAUUCCAUACAGAAGUUGCAUCUGGCCGAGAACGCGGAACCCGAGGAGCAGUCCGCUGCGUAGAAAGACGUGGCGCCCAGGCCCAGCUACCCCUUUUCAUGCCCUCCAAACUGUGACUUUUUACCCACUUGGCAGUCCGCGAGUCAGCGGCCCCCAGGUGCUAUUAUAUGGAGGGGGGCACGGGACGGAAUUAAACUCAAAAGCAAGCGAGCGAC